AAAAAUUUUAAAAAUGUUCUUCAAGGUUGUCUGCGUGUUAUCUGUGGCUGUAGCCGUGGUCUCAGGUUAUGCCCACUCCUCUCAGUACAUCCACCGUCACGAUGGCCAUCACGAGCCCGUCUACCAUGGAUACGGAGGCGGCUACGGAGGCUACGGAUAUGGACACGACCAUCAUGAUUACUACACUUACCCAAAAUACGAGUUCGGGUAUGAAGUAGAGGACCCCCACACUGGUGACUUCAAGUCGCAGCAUGAGUACCGCGACGGUGACGUGGUGAAAGGACACUACUCCCUGCAUCAACCUGAUGGCUCCGUCAGACAUGUUGACUACCAUGGCGAUGACCACAGCGGUUUCCACGCGGAUGUGAAACACAGCACCCACCACAUCGUGCCUCAUCAUUACCACUACUGAACCAUUUUCCCAGUGAUGAACAACUUCUAAAGAAAGUUGAGGGCCUAGCACAGACUCUUGACCUUUUUUGACCACUUACAACUGCAAACUUAGAAACUUCACAUAGAACUGAACGAAUAAUUAUGGAAAUGUCAAAACUUGUGCUAGGCUCUUAAUGUUUUCUUAUUUAUUUAUUUGCCUAAAUAACGUUUCUGUAUUCUUUUCCUUAUAUUUAAGGAGAUGGAUUAUACAAAUGUUCCGCUGUAAU